CCCCAAUGCAACCUUCAACUUCAUUUAUACACGCUACUUUCUUCUCCAUUUUCUCGGCAACCGAAAGUCUUCCUAUAUUCUCGCGUCCAAUUCGAUUUUCUUAUCCAAACUUAAAUUUUCUCUGUUAUUUCCCGAUUUUAGGUCCUAUUCACCUGCCAGAUUUAGAUCGCCGGUUUCUAUUCAGAUUUUUUCGAUAUGGAGGUGUCGGUGAUCGGCAGCUCUCAGGCGACUAUUUGCAGAACCGAAUUAGUUCAUAGGGAGCUGAGUUUUUGUGUUCCCAGAAGAAACUAUACUAGUGUUUCUUUCUCUGAUUCAGGAAAGAGGUGGAGAAGAAACUCUUCCCUGCGCUUAACCUUAAAUGCGAUCCAAACAGAACCCGUCCUCUCCAACAAUCUCUCCACUCGAGAUCGUGCUUCCGGGUCCAAAUCGCUCGAUGGUGUAAGGUUAUAUGUUGGGCUGCCCUUGGAUGCAGUUUCCGACUGUAAUACGGUCAACCAUGCUAGAGCAAUCUCAGUAGGACUUAAAGCUCUGAAAUUAUUGGGAAUUGAAGGUGUGGAGAUGGCCGUGUGGUGGGGAAUAGCCGAGAAGGAAGCAAUGGGCAAGUACGAGUGGGAAGGCUACCUUGCUCUUGCAGAGAUGGUUGAGAAUGCUGGUCUCAAACUCCACGUCUCACUCUGCUUCCACGCUAAUGAACAACCUAAAAUCCCACUCCCUGUGUGGGUAUCCCAUAUUGGUGAAUCAGAACCUGGUAUUUUCUUUGCUGAUAGGUCAGGGCAUAAUUUCAGAGAGUGCUUGUCAUUGGCUGUUGAUGAUCUUCCUGUACUUGGUGGGAAGACGCCUGUCCAAGUUUACCAGGAAUUUUGCAAUAGCUUCAAGUCUUCAUUCUCGCACUUAAUGGGUUCCACAAUCACCGGUAUCACGAUGGGACUUGGUCCAAAUGGUGAACUACGAUAUCCUUCUUAUCGUGGUCGGGAAGGUAAAAGUAGAAAAAUCCUUGGAGUUGGGGAGUUCCAAUGUUAUGACAAAAAUAUGCUUAACCUUCUAAAGCAACAUGCUGAUACAAUGGGAAAUCCUUUAUGGGGACUCGGCGGUCCCCAUGAUGCCCCCGGCUACGAUCAGUUGCCAAACUCCAACAGCUUCUUCAAGGAUCAGGGAGGGUCGUGGGAGUCUCCAUAUGGCAGCUUCUUCCUUUCCUGGUAUUCAAGUCAGCUUUUGUCUCACGGAAAUCGCCUCCUUUCUAUUGCCUCUGCUGAGUUUGGUGACUCUGCUGUGACAACCUAUGGCAAAGUCCCACUCGUGCACUCUUGGUACAAAACCCGCGCUCACCCUUCGGAGUUAACAGCUGGCUUUUAUAACACAGAGAAUAGAGAUGGCUAUGAGGCAGUUGCAGGGAUGUUUGCAAGGAAUUCUUGUAAAAUGAUUUUACCUGGGAUGGACCUGUCAGAUGAGCAUCAGCCUCAGGGGUCACUGUCAAGCCCAGAAUUGUUACUUGCACAAAUUAGAAAAGCUUGCAGAAAGUAUGGGGUUGAUGUUUCUGGGCAGAACUCAUUGGUUUCUAAAGCUCCCCAUCAUUUUGAGCAGAUGAGGGAAAAUCUAUUGGGUGCGAAUGAGAUAGGCAUGUUCACUUAUCAGAGAAUGGGAGCUGAAUUUUUCUCCCCAGAGCAUUUUCCUGCUUUUACCAAAUUUGUUAGAAGCCUUAAACAACAAGAAAAGCAUGCAGAUGAUCUUCCUGAGGAAGAGGAAGAGGUUGCAGAAUCUUUACUGACAAGUUCAGAAUCAGGGAUUCAAAUGCAAGCAGCUUAACUAGGAUGCAUAUGUAUAUAUAUGAAAUACUAUUUGUAACUUACCAUUGAAUUAGGCAAAGCAUACUAUAGUGGUAAUUGUAAAUCAAGAGAUUAUUUGCCUAAUGGCAUAUGUCCUUCUCUAUCAGUCCCAUGUCCUAGAUUAAAUUAAGCUUCCUUUAUUCUCUCCUUGGAAGCUUUCGUGCUCGGUUUUGCUGCUAUUAUAUAAGUGAAAGCCUAAGAUGCUGUUUGGUUAGAGGGAAGAAGUUAGAAUUGAUGAGAAAGUGUCAAAUACUUGUAUACUCCUAAACAAGUGGAAAGCACCCUUAUGUAAGAAAUGUAUAAGGAUUUCACUUUUAAUUUAUUACACUUUUAAUUUGAGC